UCGAAAUUAAAAAAAACAAAACAGUCUUGAGCAUCUCACUUCACUUCAUCCAGUUUGGAAAUGAAUUCCUGUUUUCUAGUUAUCUCCUCUCAGCACCGGACAGCUCCCAGUGUGUUCCCACGCCCCGCCCACCUCCGCUGCAGGCUCGCGCUGAGAAACAAACACACACGUAACACGGCGCUCGCGCACACAACCGUGGGCGACACUAAGCAUCUCCUUGGUUGGAGGGAGGAGGUGGGGGACCUGUGUUUUUAUUGGGAGGGGACUGAAGUUCGGGAACAUUUCGGCGCUGCUCCUCUCUCUUUGUUGUUUUGUCCAGAGCAGCAGCGCCGCGCCGCUCCCGGGGAGAAGUGUUCGUAGAUUUAACGGAGUUCCGAGGAUUUUCUUCUUCUUCUCCUCUCUUUUUCGGACAGCCGCUUUAUGAAAGUCUCCGCUUUCCUUUGAAGCCGUCGAUUAGAAGUGGUGGCGAUGGGGAUUCCUGUCGUAAUUGGCGACGUAAUGACUGUAAAUUUCAGGACCUUUGUGGCUUGUGUUUGACGAAGAGUUUCUAAUAGCAGCAUCGAGAGAAAGCGAGAGAGAGGAUUUGGCGAUGAGCGCAGCUUGCCAGGUGCCCGCGGUGUCCCCCCUGCGCCUGUGAGGAACCACCAUGGCUCUCAUCCUCUUUGCGCUGCUUCUGCACGCCGGGAUCGUUCUGGGUUCAAACUACGGCUACGUGGAGUGGUCGGAUAACGACAGGGACGAGAGGCUCCCACCGCCGGCGGCGCUCAGCACGCAGAGCGUCAACAAGGAGCCGCCCCACCGUCCCACUCCGCACCCGCUCCAGCCGACGGAGCGCGCGGUGGUCGCGCACAAAAUCGAGGAGGAUCUCCCCCGGGUGGUGACGGCUUUCCUGCACACGGGAGACUCCUCGGCGCUGAGGCAGGUCAACUGCUCUCGGAGGUAUGAGCUGAGCAGCCUGCGCGGCGGCCUCCACGUCGCCUCCCAUUACUCCCUGCACAGCGUCCUGGAUACGGUGGCGCACGCGACCAACUUCCUCAACAUGAUCCUGCAGGCCAACAAGUCCCGCGAGCGAACCUUCCGCGGGGACACGGGCUGGUACCACGCGCUGGUUCAGAGCAUCCUCGAGGGGGACCCGAAGAUCCACCGGGCGGUGGUGACCCUGCACGCGGACGCGCCGACGACUCCCGGCCCGCACGUUUUCCUCCAGGCGACCAGGACCGGCGAUGAGGUGGUGCUGCAGGACCUCUCCGGGUCCGCGCACCGCCGCCUGAAGAACAGGAGCCCCGAGUCCGAGUGGUUCCACGACUUCAGGGACGGGAGGAGACCUCAGGCGCACAGGGGCGGCCCCGAGGGCUCGGGCGGCGGGAGUUACCUCCUGAACAAGAGCCAGAUCAAAUGGUCCGCGCCGUACCUGGAGUGUGAGCACGGGGCUUUCGUUCCGUACUGGCUGCUCACCUUGUCGGCUGGGUUUUAUGGACUGAAAAGCAACUCGGCGCCAGAAUUCAGGGGGGUUAUUCGUGUGGAUGUGAACCUUCAGGAUGUGGAUAUUGACCAGUGUUCCAGCAGUGGCUGGUUUGCCGGGACUCAUCGCUGUAAUCUCACCAGCAUGGAGUGCACUCCUGUUGGCGGCCACGGAUUUGUGCUGGACAAGUACAAGUGCCAGUGCAGGAAAGGAUUUUACCAUCCGAACCGAGUGGCGCUCAAUGGCUUUAAAAACCGGGAGCACAGCUCCUACAGAGACGAGACGUCUGACAUGUCCAACAAGUGUCUGCCGUGCAGAGAGGGCUGCAAGUACUGCCAAGAUGACACCCCCUGCCUGGUGCAGGAGAACGGCGGACUGCGGCUCGCCGUGGCCUCCUUCCAGGGCCUGUGCAUGAUGCUGGACCUGGCGAGCAUGUUGGUGGUCUACCACUUCAGGAGGAACAAGAGCAUCCGUACGUCUGGUCUCAUCCUGCUGGAAACCAUCUUGUUUGGGGCGUUGCUGCUGUACUUCCCAGUGAUGAUCCUGUACUUCAACCCCAGCGUGUUCCGAUGCGUCCUCCUGAGGUGGGUCCGCCUCCUGGGAUUCGCCAUCGCGUACGGCACCAUCAUCCUCAAGCUGUACAGGGUCCUGAAGGUGUUCCUCUCCCGGACGGCCCAGAGGACGCCUUACAUGACCAGCUGGCGCGUCCUGCGGCUGUUGGCGGUGAUUCUCCUCGUGGUGCUGUGGUUCCUGGUGGCCUGGACCUCGGCUGUGUGCCAGAGCCCGGAGCUGAGUCGCAGUCUGAUAGUCGCAGGCUUCACACCAGAGGGGAUGCAGUUCAGCAUGUGCCUGCUGGACCGAUGGGACUACAUGAUGGGAGUGGCCGAGUUCCUGUUCCUGCUGUGGGGUGUGUACCUGUGCUAUGCCGUCCGCACCAUCCCUUCUGCUUUCCACGAGCCGCGGUACAUUGCUGUAGCCAUCUACAACGAGCUCCUCAUAUCAGCCAUCUUCCACAUCAUCAGGUUCUCUCUCGCUGCAGGGCUUCACCCGGACUGGACGCUCAUGCUGUUCUUUGUUCACACUCACCUGACUGUGACUGUAACUCUGGGGCUGCUGCUCAUUCCAAAGUUCCUGACCAAAGGCACUCAGGCCCGAGACGAUAUCGCCACUGAGGCCUACGAAGAGGAGCUGGACAUGGGAAGAUCCGGCUCUUACCUGAACAGCAGCAUCACGUCCGCCUGGAGCGAGCACAGCUUGGACCCAGAGGACAUACGGGAAGAGCUGAAGAAGCUGUACGCCCAGCUGGAGGUCCACAAAAGGAAGAAGAUGCUCGCCAACAACCCUCACCUUCAAAAGAAGCGCAACUCAAAGAAAGGCCUGGGUCGCACCCUGAUGAAGCGGAUAACAGAGAUCCCAGAGACCAUGCACUUACACCGCCAGUGCAGCCGAGACGACGGCAGUGAACAUGGCAGCAACCGGGGCACCCUGAGGAGAAACCAGCUGGAGGCGAGCCAUCAAGGAAAACUUCAAGACGAUUCCCUGAAGAACAAACUCACCGGUCUGACAAAGUCGCUCAGCUUUGACCAUGUUUGUGAGCAGGAUGCAGAAACAGCGAGCCAAACCGGCUCGGUUCCAGGAGAUAAAAUGACCCCCGUCGGAAGCAGCGGGGACGGCUCUCUCCUGGGUUCCCUCAUCGGCCGCAGACACACCAAGAAGCAGCUGGAACCGGCCAGCACUCUGCCGAGGCUGGAGCCGGCCGAGUCCACAGAGUCCCUCACGCUCUUUUGGAAGUCGGCCAGCGCCCACAACCUCACUCACGAGAAGAAACCCAUCCACCUGCGGACCUCCAUCAUGCAGAAGUCCCUGAGCGUCAUUACGAGCGCCAAGGAGAAGAUGCCGGGACUUUCCAGCAAGACGCAAAGUGUGGAAGACGCCAGUAAGAAGGGCCAGAAGGGGCCAGAGGAGAGGACUCUGUCAGAAGUGGAUGAGACGCCCGAACAUUUCCCCAAAAUGAUCAUCAGCCAAUCGGUGGAGUACUCAAAGACUCCCAUGAAGAUGGGAAUCAUGAAGCAACAGGUGAGCGGCAGCCAGCCGUCCAUUUGCUCUGAGACAGGAAGGAGUCUGUACGACGUGUCUGAGGUUUGUCCCUGGGAGCUGGAUGAGGCCCAGACUCCUUCCGAAGCAAAGACCCAGAAGCACGUGUCCAUCGCUCCGGUAGAACCACCCGCGGGCCGCAGAGGCAGCAGCAGCAGUUCGGGGACGGCUAAAGUCAGCCGGUCUCAGCAGAGACAGAAACCCGGGCAGUCUCCGUCCAACAGACGGCGCUCCAAGGAUAAAGGAGGAGAAAGAGAGGACGGAAGGGAAGCGAGGAAGUCCCGGCCGCCCAAAUCACCUCUUCCUCUCAAGCCAGAAGUGAGCCCCUGGGAGUUCAACGAACAGCCCAUGGUGGGAGGAGAUUUGGACUCUAUCUCUCCGGACAGGAUCAGGAGGAAGAAAAGUGUCACCCCCACUGAUGGGAAACCCAAAGGGCUCCAUUCGGACCACUCCAAGUCCACAGGGAGCCUCCUCCAACCCCCGUCUCUGAUGGUAGAAAUUUCCCCAUGGGAUUACGGAGGGCCACCUUCCCCCAAGCAGGAGAAGACCUGCAACAGUCCCACCACACACAAGAAGAAACGGAAGGGCUCCUCCUCGUCGAACCACAAAUCUGACAAGGACCGAGCGAGGGAGAAGAGCAGAGAGAGGCGGAGCUCGUCCAGCAAGCCGCCGUCGGAGAGGAGACGGGUCAGCCAGUCGUCGGAGGGCGGGGGGCCGAUGGAGCGGCGGAGGAGCUCGACCAGAGACGCCGAGGUUUUCUCCCGUGAUGCCGAGCACUCGCACGCGCAUGGCAGCCUGGCUCAGACUAAAAAAUCCCCCGAAAAGAAGAAGGAGAAGUCUUUGCGCAGUAGUUACAAACCCGCAGUUCUAAGUGGCGCAAAAAUGGUUGACGUUUGUCCCUGGGACUUCCCAGAGAAGGAGUCGGGGGAGAGGGCAUGAUGACUGCUGGCACGACUUGAUCUUUUUGUACUGGCUGACUGAGAGCUCGCAGGACAAAGGGAUGCUAAAAAUAUCCCAGAGUAUUUGGUAAAAGGUUUUUCUUUUCCCCCUUCAUGUUGGCUUAGUGAAGAGGGUUAUGGGAGCCCUUUCCAUAACGCAGCUCUGAAUGCAACCGUGUCGCUUUCAAGAGGUCAUUUGUUUUCUCUGCACACCUGCUUGCACAUCUGUGAGAGUUUGUAUGUUUUAUCACCUUUAAAUACACCUUGAAGAGUUUGUAAAUGAUUCACGCCUGCACUGGCGAGCCCAGCAGACGAAGCCGCCUGUGUGUUCUCUGCAUGGUGAAGACGCACGAGGAACAAAAUGACAAACUUCAGAAGAACGGAGAGCAUGGGCUCAGAUGCGCUGAGACGCAGGAGAAAAGCAGCUUGUAUUUGGGCUGAAUGCACAGUUAAUGUCAUGAAGACGACCUGUUGGAUCAACCAGUUGUGGGGAUAACAAAGGUUUGCAGCAGAGCUAAAUGAGGGAAGCUGUGUCUUUUGGCAAAGGUUCUCCAUUGACAGUGCCUUGCAAAAGUAGUCAUAUCCCUUAAUACCUUUUCACCAUUUUUCAGGUUAUUACGGAAACUGACGCGUUUGUAUUAGCCCUUCUAUUGUCAGUGUGCUUGUGCAUCUUUAAAAAGUUUUAAAUUCAAGCCUUAAAUUAAGGUCUUAAAAUGUCUUAAAUUUAUUUAAAAAGUAAGUUGGUCUUAAAUAUAUUAAUCACUGCUUUUUUUUAGACUUUUCUGCCAGGCAAAAGUUCGAGUCACACUCAGACAUUUUCAUUGCCCUCUGUGACUCUAGAUAGUUGAGGCUAUACCGCUAACUAGCAGCUAACAUAACUCUUUCUAGCUAGCAAGCCAUCUUGCAUUUAUCCUGGAAAAUGCAAAUUUAUUGGUUGUUGGCUGAACAGAGUUGAAACAUUUCUGUGAGUAUAUGGGUCUUAAAUCCCGUUCUAAAUAGCCUUAAGUUGUUGAAACCAUCUGACACCGAGGUUUAUUCUCAUAAACCUAAAUGAAAAACUGUCAGCUUUUGUCCAGAAAUCAGCCUAUUUCUAUCUACAGUAAGCACUAGAUAGAAACAGGCUGAAUAUGUAGCAAAAUAUAUAGAAUAAAUAAAAAGCUGUCAGUGUUUCAACCAUUCGUUUCCCUUCCAUGCUAAAAACACGACUUACUCUGUCAGGUGGUGCUGCAAAGGCUUUGGUGCGUCUCCAACUCCACACCGACCUUCUGCUGCACAUCUGUACCACUGGUGCAACCACUCAAUAAAGAGAGAUUGUUACAAAACGCCUUCAACAGUUUGUCCUGAUUGACGCUCAGCGGCGAGCGUGAAUAUCCCACCAGCCUCGAGUUAGAUAGCCAGAUAAGUUUAUGACAACAUCUGAAAACGAUCAAAGGGGAAUGAUUACUUUUGCAAAGCGCUGUGUAUUAUCAUUUUAAAUUUUAUUUAUUUAUUCAUGUUUACAAAAACCAUCGCAUGUGGUAAAACUAUCCAACAUCAAAUAACUAAAUGUCUACUGGUGAACUUGUUCUCAAAUAUGACAGUGGGAGUUUUGAUGUUGUUGCGUCCGGUGUUUGUCCACUUGCAAAGCACUCGAUGCUUUUUGAAAUGGCGUGCGCUGCUGCGUCAGAGUCAGCAUUUCAUACGGCAUGCUGUUUACCUUUCAGCAGUGCUGAGGUUGGUAUUUAUUUGGUGUUUACUCUACUCUUCUGGCUGGCGUCUCAUGUUUUUAUACGGAUAAGGAGACGCUCUAUCAUUGGCUGCAGUUUCCUUGUUUGUUUUGGGUUUUUUCUACACGUGCAGUGAAAAACGAAAGGACCAAAUCUUAAUCUGCCUAUCGCAGAUGUUGUGAAUAAUACAUCUCAUCUCUUCUUUGGCCCAUUUCUUCUGCCUGGAUGCACCUCUCUUCAAAACUGCGCACAUAUUCAGUCGCCAAGACUGAAUGUCUCUGACAGAGAGAGUAAUUAAUCAUUUUGGCAUCGUCUCCAACGUAAACAACAACAGUCAGCCUGUCCGUCCUGCCAUCAGACACCCACCACUGACAACUCAUGUGUCAAACAUGGCACUCAGCUCAGCUUCAGGACGGUUGUGUGUGCAUGACAGUGAGAACAUGACCCCAUAACUUCCCCGCAAGCAUAAAAUAAUCAUUGCAUAUCUUAUAAAAUACUUAAAAGGACACUUUCAAGCACAUUUAUUUCAAUUUUGGCUGUAUUUAUCAAGCACUUUGAUGUGUAACAUGAACGGCUUCAUAGUCAGAGGCCUUGUUUUUGUAACGGAAUGCCAUUGUUUGCCCACUACACGUUGUUUAAUGCUUGUUUAUGCAGUGUGUUGCCGCUCCAGCAGCUUAAAACAAAUGGUUGUGCCAUCCACAUGCGGAUACUUGUACAGUGUAUUCUUAUUGUGUUGCAUGUAAAUAAAGUAAAUAAUGUUCUCAAUUUCAAAUUAAACAUUUCUAGAAA